CUUCUUCUUCUUCUUCCUAAACAUAAUUAAGCUUUCAAUCUCAGACCUCUCUGCUCUUCAUCGUCCUCUUCUUUUAGUAAGAUUCUUCUUGUAUAUUUAUAUAUAUACACAAGUAUACAGAAUCACAGAAGAAAUAUAUAUUUAUAUAUAUAUAUAUAGAGAGAGAGAGAGAGAGAGAGAAACAGAGAGAGACAGUAUGGAUGUUUGGCUGCGUAGCUAUGGAGGUUCGAAUCUCCUGAUGUUGAUGUUGAUGUUGAUGUUGAUAAUCUUUGGUUUCUUUAAUUCUGUUGCAAACGCUUCUUUCAACGUCACUACCAUCCGUUUCAACGACGGCUACUCGCCUCUGUUUGGCGACGGAAACCUUGUUCGAUCUCCUGACGGAAAAUCCGUUCGCCUUCUUCUCGAUCGCUUCACCGGCUCUGGAUUCAUUUCGUCGAAGAUGUAUAAACAUGGAUUCUUCAGCGCGAGAAUCAAAUUGCCAUCCGAUUACACCGCUGGCAUCGUUGUAGCCUUCUACACCUCGAACGGUGACGUAUUCGAGAAGAGUCACGACGAGUUGGACUUCGAGUUUUUAGGGAACAUUGAAGGAAAGCCAUGGAGGUUUCAGACCAAUCUAUACGGAAAUGGAAGCACGAACCGGGGUCGUGAGGAGCGGUAUCGGCUAUGGUUCGACCCGACCAAGGAGUUCCACCAAUACGGCAUUCUAUGGACCGCUCACAAUGUCAUAUUUUACAUUGACGAAGUCCCCAUCAGAGAAGUGGUGAGAAAUGAAGUAAUGGGUGGAGAUUACCCUACAAAGCCAAUGUCCUUGUACGCUACAAUUUGGGACGCCAGCAAUUGGGCAACUUCAGGAGGCAAAUACAAAGUCAACUAUAAAUAUGCACCCUUUGUUUCUGAAUUCAAGGACCUUGUUUUGGAUGGUUGUGCUUCUGAUCCCAUCCAGGAGGUUCUAGAAGCUUCUGACUGCACUGAGCAUAACGCCCACCUCAACGUUCAAGACUAUGUCACUGUGACACCCGAGCGCCGUGCCGCAAUGCGCAACUUUCGCCAACAUUUCAUGUACUAUUCGUACUGUUAUGAUAUACUUCGAUAUCCUAUCCCGCCACCAGAAUGUGUCAUUAUCCCUUCCGAGCAGCGGCGUUUCAAGGACACUGGAAGGCUGAAGUUUGGGGGUAGCCAUCGCCGUCGCUCGAAGAGGCGAGGCAGAAACCCAAGUGUUUCCACGGAUAACCAAUCUAGCAUGUAACUCGUAUUCACAGACUAUAGAACAUUCCUUUGUCUAAUAACAUUGUGUAUUUUUGUCCAAAAGUACAAUAAAAUGAAUCUAUUGGUUUAAUUUUUAA